CAUAAAAUUGUUGUCCAACUCUCUUUGCAUCUCCAACACUUUUCUGUCUAAACACGAGUGGUUGCCAUGAAAUAUACUGCAAUAAUCUUGGUCUUUCUGCAAUGUUGUCUUGCUUUGCAGGCCAACUCGACGAUCCUGCAUAAGUAUGAGUCGAUCUUCAACUUCGGCGACUCCUUAAGCGACACCGGGAACUACCUCCGGUCCGCAGAGGGAUCUCCAACUGUGCCGAAUUAUCCUUAUGGCAAGACCUUCUUCGGGCAUCCGACCGGUCGUUAUUCAGAUGGACGUCUUAUAAUUGAUUUCAUUGCGGAAGCAGUUGGGUUACCCUAUCUGAAGCCAUAUCUUGAGGUAGUCAACGGCUCGGUUGAUGCUCGCGGUGGAGUUAACUUUGCAGUUGCUGGUGCCAAAGCUCUUGAUCCGACAUUCUUUGAAGUUCGACACAUUCGAACGAUCCCCAUGACGAAUUAUUCCUUAAGCGUUCAGCUCCAGUGGUUCAAGAAACUAAAAUCUUCUCUUUGCACAUCGCAACAAGAUUGCGAUACAUAUUUCAAGAAGUCCUUAUUUCUAGUGGGGGAGAUUGGUGGAAACGACUACAAUCUUGCUUUCGCCCUUGGUGCAACCUUUGAGCAGCUCCGUCCCAUUGUCCCAGAUGUUGUUGGAGCCAUCACCAAUGCAAUCAGCAUGCUCAUCGAAGAAGGGGCGGUGGAGUUGGUAGUGCCAGGAAAUUUGCCGAUAGGUUGCUCGACGUCAUACCUGGCGACCGUUCCGCGUUUUACCAAGGACGACGUUAAUAUGACAACUGGUUGUCUCAAUCGUUUUAAUGAAUUCGCCAAGUACCACAACGAUUAUCUCCAGCGAGAGUUGCAGCUUUUGAGACAAAAAUAUAGCCAUGCAAGGAUCAUCUAUGCGGAUUAUUAUGGAGAUGCCAUGCGUCUCUUUGAAUCACCAAAACAGUAUGGUUUCGGUAAUUUGAUACAGAAAGCUUGUUGUGGAGCUGGUGGACCAUUCAAUUUUGACGCCAUGAAGAUGUGCGGUUCCAAGGGCACAACUAUGUGUACAGAACCAUCAGCUUACAUACUUUGGGACGGAGUUCACUACACCGAGGCGGCGUAUCGGCACCUGGCCAAGGGUUUACUCGACGGUCCCUUCACUUCUCCACGUUUCGUUAACUAGAAGUCCGAAG